GAUUUAUCGUGAUGGCUUAUAUAAUUUUCAUAUAUGCUUGGAGAAUCCGAAAUUAAAAGAACAAACCCUAGCGGGUACUCUGUACUUGUUUAAUGAUGAUGGAUGUCGGUAGACCAAAAAGGGAAAAUCUCAAAACCCUUCGCCCUAAUUGGAAGGAGAAGCUUAGGCAAAAUUGCUUGAAAAGGGUCCGUGAGGAGAGGGCCCUGUUACUUCGGAAAAUUAGAUCAAAGGGGCGGCAAGCAUCAAACCAAAAGGAGGUUAUUGAAUCAACAUUCUGGCACAUAGUUACUGAUGAGCUUGAGAAAAUCAAAGUGUCACCUUUGGGGGAUGGUAAUUGUAUCUCAAAUUCUGAAAAUGAUGACAUAUUAUGGGAGUAUGAUCAACUUUGUUCAGAAAUUGAAAGCGAAGAUCUUAUGAUGGAAAUGGAGAGGAUACUUUACAGGGACCUUAGAGAGGAAAAGAUCCGUAGAGAGUUGGAGUUGAUUGAAGAAGAAGAUGAUUACCUUGCUCGAGCUGUCUUCGAGCACAUGCAAAUUAAUGAUGAACAGGCCUUAAAGAACAAAAUAUGGUGCCCAAUCUGCAAGCGAGGAGAACUCAAGGAGACCCAUCAUCUCAUACAUUGUACAAACUGCACGCUUCAACUUGACCUUGCAGAUGAUAAGGUGAAUCUUGAGUUUUUAAGGACAAGAUUGGCUGAAGUCCACAUGGAACAUCUUGAUAGAGGGUGCAGAGCACUGCCAGAGUUCUGUAUUGAAACCAAGUUUGAUCUAACUGCAUUGUACAUUCGGUGCAUGGCAUGCAGCACAUUCGAGAUUGUAUUAUAGAUUGUAAAUAUUAUAUGAGCGAAUGCUUUUGACAAAGCAGUUAUAUAUUUUAGGAUUAUGUGGUGUCAAACGUGCAAGCUGGAAUAUUUUUAGAAUACUGGAGUAUAUGGAAGUAUUAUUAUUG